ACCAGGCGAGGGAGCCCGGGUGCGGAGCGGCGCGCGCCUGCGCGGACUCGCCUGCAGCCGCCCCCCUAGCGCCGCAUCCCUGGGCCCGAGCGGCGGCGCGCGGGCGGGAGGAGGGGCGCUGCACCACGUGACGCGCGCGAGAAGAUUGGAGCGGCGGCGGCCGCGCCAGGAGGCAGAGUGGUGUGGCGCCCGGCGCUCUCGGCCGCAUCUCCAGCUCCUCCUCCUCCUCAUCCACCUCCUCCAAUUCCUCCUCCUCCGCUUGGGAGCCUUGACGGUACCUGUGACUCCGCGUCUCGGCCGCCGCAUCCCAGCCGCCGCCGCAGCGCGCACAGGAGGAGACUCCGCGGGGCGCUUCGAGGCGCAUCGCCCGCCGCCCUCUAGCUCCCGCGGCCGUGCCCUCCCGGGGCAGCGCUCCCGCCAGCUGUCCGCUCCCGCCUGCAGCCUCCCGCGCCGCAGCCCCUCGCACUCCACCGCCGCGAUGGCGCUGAUGGACUCGCAGCCGGGCAGCGUCCUGAAUGUCAUGUCCUCGGCGCUCAACGACACCGUGGAGUUCUACCGCUGGACCUGGUCCAUCCGAGAUAAGCGAGUGGAAGAUUGGCCUCUUAUGCAGUCUCCAUGGCCCACACUUUGUAUAAGUACUCUUUAUCUCCUGUUUGUGUGGCUGGGUCCAAAAUGGAUGAAAGACCGAGAACCUUUCCAGAUGCGCUUCGUCCUCAUUGCCUAUAAUUUUGGGAUGGUUUUACUUAACCUUUUUAUCUUCAGAGAGUUAUUCAUGGGGUCAUAUAAUGCAGGAUAUAGUUACGUUUGCCAGAGUGUGGAUUAUUCUAACGAUGUUAAUGAAGUCAGGAUAGCUGCUGCUUUGUGGUGGUACUUUAUAUCUAAAGGAGUUGAGUAUUUGGACACAGUGUUUUUUAUCCUGAGGAAGAAAAACAAUCAAGUCUCUUUCCUUCAUGUAUAUCAUCAUUGUACAAUGUUUACACUGUGGUGGAUUGGAAUUAAGUGGGUUGCAGGAGGACAAGCAUUUUUUGGAGCCCAGAUGAAUUCCUUCAUUCAUGUGAUCAUGUACUCAUACUAUGGGUUAACAGCAUUUGGCCCAUGGAUUCAGAAGUACCUUUGGUGGAAACGAUACCUGACCAUGCUGCAGUUGGUUCAGUUCCACGUGACCAUCGGGCACACAGCGCUGUCUCUGUACACUGAUUGUCCCUUCCCCAAGUGGAUGCACUGGGCUCUAAUUGUCUAUGCAAUCAGCUUCAUAUUUCUCUUCCUUAACUUCUAUAUCCGGACAUACAACGAGCCGAAGAAAUCAAAAACUGGGAAAACAGCUAUGAAUGGUGUCUCAGCGAACGGCGUGAACAAAUCAGGAAAGCCACUAGUGAUAGAAAAUGGAAAAACCCAGAAAGAUGGAAAAGCAAAAGGAGAGUAAAUUGAACUGGGCCUUAACUGUUGUUGACAGUGAGGAAGCUCCCAUUUCAGAUUAAAUUUCAGGGACAACAGAAGCAAAUGAGAAUUUGGGGUGGGGCAUAAAAGUCAAAUGUGCUUUAUGUAUUAGUAAUCUUUAGAUUUGAGUAAAGUGUUAAAUACAAUACCUGGAUGUUUUAUUUAUGAAGUUUUUAUUUUAAACUUUUU